UUUUGGAAGCUACAUUACAGACUCUUUCUGGACAGAUAGGGACAGCUAAUAUGAGUCAGCUGGAAAUGCUCUGUGAACAACUAUAUCAACAUCUUCUGGAUCAUUCUGACCAAAUGUGCUCAAAUCUGAAAGGAAUAAAGCAAUUUGAAGAUAAAAUCACACAAAGAAUGGCGACAUUGCCUAGUGGCGAUCUUAAUAUGAACACAACCGUUGAUGUGUCUCUCAGCAUCCUUAACCUAGUGUACGGAUUUGAAGUCAAUGCUACGGGAUGUCGAUUUUCUGGCCAAAGAGUUAUAUCAUACAAAGAAAACCCAUUUGACUUCUCCCAGUCACCAGAUCAUGUUAAUGUCCCCGCCAUGACAACCUUUGCUUUCAAUGCCGACGGAGAGGAGGUACCUGACGUAGCCUUCCUGAUGGGAUUCCUUACGUCAUCUAAACUCAUCACUAGUGACAACGCGAUAGACAUGCAACCAAACGGUACCCAGUACAUGGCAGCCUUCCCUGGAGGGUUUUUCAACAAUUCCCCAGCUAUGUUGUAUGUUAACAUUUCUAUGAUGGGAUCAUGUCGUACCUAUGGAAAAUACGGAACCACAUUACCGUCUCAUGAACACUUUGAUUUCUAUCUACAUACGAAUGAGCGGAUGUCUGUAAUAAAAUCCCGACCUUACAACUUGAUGUAUUCAUUUAUAGGAGGGGUUAUACAGUUGCCCAUUUAUCGAACGCCUGUCAUUAUCAUAGCUAAAUGUCAAGCAAACACAUUUACCAAACAUGAAGAAGCUCCGAAAGUACAGAUUAACCAAAUUUUACCAGAAGUCGUAGACAGAAUUUCCCGCGAAUGGAAACCAGCAAGAAACGUUCAGUUGAUUGGAGGAAGAACAUCCGAGAUUACCCUCAAGUCUUACUUCUUCGGGACAUUUACGGCAAGCGUCAAAAUGAUAUCCCCUGAUAUGAUAGAUUUCCAGUCGGUCUUUUUGAAUUUCUCUGAGAAGCUUAGUGACACACCAUACGUCUUGGGUACAGUGAUAGCAGUACUUAUCAUCCUGAUCCUCACCACUCCAAUACUACGAAGACUGGAUAAUAUCGACUCUGCUCUAUGGUCAUACCGGCAUCUGAUAGACAACAAAGCCAGUUCUGCCUUCCAUUAUUACAUCUGUGUAUCAACUGGAGUGAGGUCCAAGAGAAAAAUGGAAUCAUCGGUGUACAUCAAUAUUAUCGGGACGAGAGGUGAGACCGGAGCACGACUGUUGACAGGAAACUGCAGAAAGCAACAUGACAAUGGACUUUACUGUUUAGAAAUAGAGCAUUAUUUUGAAACAUUAUACACUGUAUGUAUCUUUCCAGAUAGCAAUGCAAAUGAGUCCCAUUUCCUUUUGAAGUCUUUGUGUUGUGAUGUCAUGAAGCUGGCUGAAACCUCCGUACCUUGCCAUUCUAAAAUUUCUGUUGCAUUUUCUGUAUCUUUGCAGAAUUUUAGCAACGGGACCUCGUCCCAUUUCUGUUUAACAACUGACGACUUUAUUGGAAAUAUCAAAACCGUCCAUAUCUGGCAGGACCAAUCUGGUGAAUUAAAAUCCUGGUAUUUGGCUAAAGUUGUCAUUAUAGACGGGAAGACAAGAAAUGGGACUAAGCUGGUUUGCAACCAAUGGCUAUCACCCGAAAAGGGAACAGGUCAUACUUGGUGUACAUUGCAAGUUGGACGAACUAAAGAUAACGUCGGCAGUAUUUCUGAAGUCAGUUCCCGAAACAUCUUUAACGACCAUCUGUGGUUUUCAUUGCUGUUCCGUCCAAGUUACAGCAGGUUCACAAGAGUCCAGAGAUUGUGGAGCUUAGCGUCGUUAUUGUUUCUGUCAAUGGUCGCCUCAGCUAUGUUUUAUGAUACACCAGAUGACACUCUCCCUCUUGUAAAGACGACGCAUUUCGAAAUAGGAUAUAAGGAAAUAUACACUGGGUUGAUGUCGAGUGUCAUAACAGCGGUUCCAUCUUUAAUUAUGACCUACGUUUUCAGCAAAAGAAAAUUACGUGGCGAAAACCCAUUAAGUGUCUUACAUGACGGCGAUACAUUUCGUCCCACCGGAAUUCUGCCUUGGUGGUUAAUAUUCAUCGGAUACCUAGUUUUACUGAUCUGCAUCAUCUCAGGUUCUUUUUUCACGCUUUUAUAUUCGUUGGAAUGGGGACCGUCUCUUACCAUUAAAUGGAUGUCAGCAUUUUUGCUCGGCACAGCAGAAAGUGUAAUUUUGAUCGAACCAACAAAGGCCAUCUUACUCGCUGUCCUUCUUGUUUGUCUGUGUUCAGAGAAAACUAGCAAACAUGACUUUCACCUACCACCAAUAUCCGUCUACCAAACGAAACGAGACAUCUACAAUCAAGGGAUUGUUACCAGACAAAAUGUUGAUUGCCCUUGUGAUAAACCAGAAACCACGGACCAGAUACAUCGUCGGUAUACACUACGCAUGGACAGAAAACUGAACAGAUUACUGAGGAAAUUCGUCUUUGUACUGCUAUACAUCUGCAUGCUUUUAAUGAUUGGUUCACAACAGAGAGUUUCCGAUAUAUACAGACAAAACAUGCACUUGAAAUGCAUUUUGAAACCUACAAAUGAGAUCAAAACGAUGGAGGGAGUCUGGGAGUACAUUCACACUGUAGUGCUUCAGCGAUUUUAUCCAUCGGAGACUUACAAUGGUGAAAUGAAAACAUUUGACGAGCUGCGAUUUGUUGAAGACAAUUUAAAAAUGGGACCACUUCGUCUACGCCAGCUUCGAGUAACAGGCGUUUGUACAACUCCAUCAUUCAUGCGGAUCCACGGUAUCAGGUGUAUCCCUGACUAUGAUACGGAGACAGAAGAUACAAAGAACUAUGCUGACGGUUGGAUCCCUGCGAACUCGACUGAUUCUUGGAAUGACGUCACCGCACCAUACCGAUAUCAUCACAAUAAUGACAAAGAAACGACCACGUACACAGGACAUUUGGGAACGUAUGGUAGCGGUGGAUACCUCAUUGAUUUGGAUAUUGUGCAUUCUAAGACAACCGAUCUCGUGAAUAAUUUGAAAAACGGUGCUUGGCUUGAUGAAAGAACCCGCGUCCUUUUCAUUGAAGCAUGUCUCGUGAACAGAAACAACAUGCUGUUUACCCAAGUCCAACUCAUGUUCGAAUUUCCAGGUACAGGCGGAAUAUUCACGAAAACAACGGUUGUAUCGUCCAAUCUCUACCCAUAUACAAACACCUUUGAUUAUAUCAUUCUAUUCCUACAGAUAUUAUUUGUGAUCAGCAUAUUCGUGCGGUUCGUGUUUGUGGUUGUAAAGGCUAUGAAGACUAGAUGCCAUUCCCUAAUAACAACAGGCCAAGUCAUUGACAUGUUCCAUCUGGGAGUUUCCGUCACCGCCAUUGUGUGUCUCGUCAUGAGAUUGACCAGCACGAUCGCCGUUCUCAACACACUUAGAAUUGAUAUUGGAUUUUACACUUCCUUUGGACGGGUCUUUCAAUGGGAUGAAUAUUACUCUAUAUCACUGGGCAUGACCACAUUUAUCGCUAUCCUCGAUCUACUCAAACAUUUGUCAUUCAACUACCAUAUCUUCCUGAUGUACAAAACAACAUUGGCAUUUCGCUCUGAGCUUUUUCAGUUUACAAUAGCUCUUUCAGUCCUGAUUGUGGGAUUCGCGUGUCUGAUCAACCUGAUGUAUGGCCACACAGAAAGCGGCUUCAGAAGCAUACCAAUCGCGAUCCUGACUCUGUUUCGAAUGACAAUCGGAAUGAUAAAAUUCCGUAAUGACAUCCAGGUGGCAGUUAUAGGUAUAUUAAUUACAUUUGCGGUAUACGCGUUGGUCGCCACCGUUUGCUUUGUCAACCUUUUCGUUAGUUCACUGGACUAUAAAUUAACAAAUAUUAAGCAGCUUAUCAAAGACGGGUUGACAACGUUCGACUGGCAUUUAAGUGGUCACGUUUGGAAUAGAUUGGCCAACCUAUUCAUAAUAUGCGGAGCUACAAGACCAAACAAACGAAGAAAGAAAGGACAUAAAAGUGGAAUCAAGUUACAAAAGGAAGAAUUAAGUUUCUGCAGAUUCCUAUCGAAAGUUAUGCGACGGUUUGGAGAAGACACCGAUUUAGAAAGAACAGCCCUACAUAGAAUUUUGCUACGGUUGAAACGCAUAUGUAGACGCAGGGCGACACCUAACGGAACACAAUACAGAUAUUCUAUUGACUGGGCAAGGGAAGAUGACACGUUGAUCAUUGAGUUUCCUUGUGACACGUUAAACUGUAGAAUACACGUUGACUGUUAUACGAUACCUGAAGCUGACCGACAGGGACUUAUACCGUACGGUAACGCCACCGGGCCACUCAGCAUGCUGUUUAAAAUCAACCUGUCUAACAGAGACCGUGGACGUACAAACACAAAGAACAAUUACGUCACGGAUGGCAGACACUCGCUGUGCAUGGUGAUGAUCAAAGUACCGACCAUCCUGUUGUCGUGUCGACCUACGUUCCUCACCAUGUGCCGCGGUAACCUUGGUGACUGGUGCCAAUAUACAGCCAGUCAUGUCAUUAAAGAACGGGAGGUAUAUCUGUCCGCUACAGUCUCGUGUUGCCCACAGUACGUUAUGGCUGUAACCUCUGACCUUUGGCCUGGCAUUCCACUUACCAUCCAACAGAACAAUGCCAUAGAACACGUCCUCACUAAAAAGGGGGAUGUCUUCUACCUUCCUGGACUGUGCAAGAAAAUAGUAUUUAUGUUUCCCGAGGGCUGUGUCUCACUGGACACGGAUAUCACAAUAUUGUUAGAGCGUGGGGAGAAAUUUCCCAUACUACAUGUCUUGGCCAAUGGUGACGUGUCAGGACCGAUCAUAGUCCAGUUCAGGAGGAAAAGACACUACCAACCGCAAACCGGCGAUGUCCCAGAAAUUAAACUUCUGACGAAAGAAGGAGACAUAGAAUGGAAAGAAGCACUUUCUGGUACACAGACCUACCCAAGCGAUUUGAGUGUCCACAUCGAUUGUCUUCGGAGAGGUGUUAAGACAUCCAUCACGGCAAGUGAAUCCAACUUCGUCACAUCGCUGCAAAGAAAGUCUGAUAGAUGUCUUGAACAUGAGAAGAGGAUCCUUCUUGGCGUGUACAGAAAACAUAUUCCAACGCAAAAUUGGCGUAAAGUCGGACGUAAUCUUGGAUUUUCACUAGAGAGGUUGACGCAAAUCGAAAUGAAGAAGCCAAGGACACUCGAGGAAAAGACUUGCAUUGUAUUGCAGGAAUGGGUAAAGCAAAAUCGAGGAAGAGGUCUUUACGAAAUUCGCGAAACCUGGAUGUAAUUUCAGAUUGAUGCUUUUCAAAAUGUUUUUCAUACAAUAUAACUUUAAAUCCGCUUCCAGUGCUUUUUAGUUUCGCUUCAUGUUGUCGUGAGAUACAUAUUUAAGAACUUAUUUACUUUUAAUAUAUUAGGAUACAUUUUAAAUAUAAGAAUUGUAUGCAAUAUUAAUAAUAGUAGAGAUCAAACUACAUGUAUUAUGAUUUCAGUAUUGAAACCCUAAUGGAAGUGAAUAAUCACAAACAUUAUUUUCCCACAACAUUAAUUUGAGGAAAACAAGUAAAUAACACUUACUUAAGACGGCCUGGGACGGUCCUCACCUAAUAGAUCAUCGUUUUUAACAUAGCAACCUAUUAUAUUUCUUCUUAUUGUUAACAUAGUCUUCUCGCUGAAUUAAAUGACUACCGUCCAAUAUACCGUUGCACCUAAGGCAAUAGGAGGCGUCAGAGGGACACUAUUCCAAUCCUCCGCCACAAUGUCUAACUGGACUUCUUAUUUCGAAAUUUAUCAGUUGGUACUUAAAAUUUGUGAUCUUAUCUGAAAUUAGCCAACUAGUUUUUUUAAGACCACUUUUCACAUGUAUUUUUCCCAUACGUUAUUGAGAAAACGCCAAUUCGACAACUAAGUCUCUACAUCCGCUUUGUUGCGUCAAACUUCUUGUAAGAAAUGUAUUUCAAGCUAGAAAUGACAAUUGCUAAGUAGUGACUUCUUUGUCAUUUGUAAUUUACUCGUAGGUGAAGCGAAAUUCUGAUCGCAGUUGCUUAAAUUUAGAUUUUGCUAGAUCUCGUACAUUGUAACUGUUUGACAUUGACACUGUAUAGUGUUUCAUCUUCUACAUAUCCAUUAGAGAUAAUUUGAUAUAUGAUUGCGAAUGCGAUUUAUUGUAGCGGAGACAAAAAUGGAAAUAUGAAUGUCGCAAAUUCAUUGGUAGAAGUGGGAAUUCAUUAACAAGCCUAAGUUGAAUUAUGUUCGUUUCUAUUUACCUAUUGACGUUUGUGACAAAUCUGUAAUAUUACAUCUUCAUAUUUGGAGUAUGUCUGUUCAACACAGGAGAUGUGAGUAUCAGACAAAACAUGAUCUCGCAUGUUGUUCUACACUUUGUUAAUUAAGAAAGUGAUGUAUCGAAAUAACAUCAGUGAAUUUCGGUAAUAUGAUAAUCGCGAGGGACAAGCGCCGAUCGGUGAAAUAAGGUACACGUAGAAAACAUGUAAUGUCUUUAAAAAAUCUCUGUCCAGCAAAGAGAUAUAUAGCCUCGUACAAAACACGCGACGAUUGGUACAACAAAAUAGCUUGAUAAAUUGAAAAAAAAUAUCAGACGGAUUCAACUGCCUCAACCAGACCUGUUAUGCUAGCAACAGUCCAGACAAGACGGCUUGAUAUUUUUUUUUAUUUAAGACUUAUAUUAGCUAUUCUGUAAAUGAGAGAACUUCAGCAAACAUAUCUAUUUUAACGUAUAUUAUAGUGCGCUAUAGUAUUAUAGGUUAUUUCUAUAAGAACAUUUCAAUGAUGAUCUCCCGUUUGAUUGAAGUAUACGUUGAUAAGACACAUUUAUUAUUGUGAUGUUGUAAAGCUAUCGCAAGCUCAUAUAUUACUUCAGUAGCAGCGUUGAGAGCAAGGCUGACUAAAAGGCCGCAUUUUAAUAUUUUAUUCAAUUAUCUGAUGUAUUCAUUAAAUAACUUCUUUAAUAUAAUUUCAAUAAAUAU